CACAGCUCUGGUGUCGCGCAUUUAUCCAAUCUGUAUAAGCACAACUUGAAUUGGAGUUAGAGCUGAUCUGUGUUUAAGCAUAUAAAAGCAUAUCUGGACACAGCCAUUUGAACAGCUCACAGAAGACUCAAACCUGUUCAGGAAAAAUGACAGUGGAGACGAGACCAGAGGGGUUUCCUGAUCCUCCUUUAAAGAAAGAACUGCCUCCUCUUGAAGAUCCAUCAGAAGCAAAAACAAGAACAUGCUGCACUCGCAAUGUGAAGAUGUUUUUGGUAGCUCUAUCGUUUACAUACUUUUCCAAAGCAUUAUCUGGAAGCUACAUGAAAAGUUCCAUUACCCAGAUAGAGAGGAGAUUUGAGAUUCCUAGUUCUGUUAUUGGGGUUAUUGACGGCAGCUUUGAAAUGGGUAAUUUGCUGGUGUUACCAUUGGUAAGCUACUUUGGAGCAAAGUUUCACAGACCAAAAAUAAUUGGUGCUGGAUGCAUGCUGAUGUCUAUUGGAACAUUACUCAUGGCGCUACCUCAUUUCCUCAUGGGACACUAUAAAUACGAAACAACAAUAUCAGCUUCAACUAACUCCAGCACAGCGAGCUUCCCGUGUUCACAAGACCCAGGCCAGCUUACUGAGCUUGAGGCCCAGCAACAAUAUUCCAGAAUAGCGGGUUGUGAACAUGAUGGAGGCUCCCUGAUGUGGGUUGCUGUGUUGCUGGGGAACGUGCUACGAGGGGUUGGUGAAGCAACCAUUACACCGCUGGGAAUUUCAUUCAUUGAUGAUUUCGCCAGCCCAGAAAACUCAGCCUUUUACAUUGGGUGCCUCCAUACCAUUGCAGUGAUUGGACCUCUUUUUGGGUUCACGCUGAGUGCGUUUUGUGCAAGGCUGUAUGUAGACAUCGGGUUUGUUGAUCUUGGAAGUAUUGCCAUAUCAAUGAAGGAUUCCCGUUGGGUCGGUGCUUGGUGGCUUGGCUUUAUAAUCGCUGGAGGAACCAGCUUGCUUUCUGCAUUUCCAUUCUUUUUUCUGCCCAAAACUCUGCCCAAAGAAGCAGGUCCGGAAAAAGAUUCCAGCACCACAGCAGAACAAAAUCUGUUACAAGGAAACCAGCAAACAAACGCAACAGACGAACAGCCCAAACUCAUAGACGUUGCAAAGGAUUUUUUGCCAUCCUUGAAGCGUCUGCUCACAAACAAGAUCUACAUUUUAUAUCUCACAGCAAACAUUAUAAUGGUCAAUGGGGUCAUCAUUUUGAUAACGUACACACCAAAAUACUUAGAACAACAGUUUGGAGAAUCUGCAUCCAAAACUAACUUUUUAAUAGGUGUUACCAGCAUGCCGGCUGUUUCCUUGGGGAUUUUCUUCAGUGGUCUUAUCAUGAAGAAGUUUAAGCUAGAUCUCCUGGGAGCAGUCAAGGUGGGACUAGGCACAGCUGUCCUUGGCAGCCUCUGUAUCUUACCUUAUUUUGCAUUGGCUUGUGAAAACACUGAGAUCGCUGGACUCACAGUUUCCUAUGCAGGAACAGGGAUUUCAGACUUGGAGAGCAGAGUGUUGGUGGCCUGUAACUCUGGCUGUGGUUGCCCAGUGAACCAGUGGGAGCCAGUGUGCGGAGAGAAUGGGAUGACGUACGUUUCCCCUUGCUUUGCUGGUUGUAACAUAUCCAGAGGAAGUGGAAAAAACACGACGUUUCAUGCCUGCAGAUGUAUUGAAGCUUUUCCCAAGUCAGGAUCUGGGAAUUUCUCUGCAGUUCUGGGACAAUGCCCACGAGAGGAGAAGUGUUCCAGAAUGUUCAUAUAUUACUUGGUGUUCCUGUCCUUGAGUUUCUUCAUUCUUUCUCUGGGAAGCAUGCCGAUAUUCAUUGUAAAUCUCAGGUGUGUGGAUCCAGAGCUGAAAUCACUAUCGGUGGGAAUGUACACUCUGGCACUGAGAGCAUUUGGUGGAAUCCCAGCUCCAAUUUAUUUUGGAGCCCUGAUUGACUCAACAUGCAUGAAAUGGGGGACCAAGAAGUGUGGGGGUCAUGGAGCAUGCAGGGUGUACAACAACGUCUCAUUCAGGCUCCUCUUCAUUGGAUUAAUAUUGGGCCUGCGCUUGUUGGGUUGCAUCUUUUUGGGGUUUGUCAUCAUUCAGAUGAAGAAAUUCACAAGAGACCACAGGAAAACUUCCACUGAAGUCAAAGUCUUUUUAAAGCAGGACAUGAGAAACAGUGUCCUUCCUGAGCAGAAACCUACUGGUCUGAGUGAGAAGGAAGUGGAAACCAGCGCCUAAACAUCGUGAUCUGCAGCAGCGUGUUUCAAAUCAUGCCAGUGGAGAUCUGAGCUGGAGUCUACACUGGAACAAACUCACAUCCUGGGUGCAAUGAAUUCUGAUAACAAAGCUUCUGUAUAUCAAAGACACUUUAUAUUAGCUGUCUCUCAACUACACCUAUUUGCACUGGACCAUGGUACUGUAGAACGUCAAAAAUCAGAACUAUUUUGGACAGUGGGCAGCAUGAAUUUUAGAACACACGUGUUAAUUCCAUACAGUGAGUCUAGUUUAAAUGAAUACUGUAUGUGUCUUUAUAAUAUAAUUACAAUGUAACUGCAUACAAGCUCAACUGUAUCUCAUACAAAUCACACUUCAUGCACCAGAGGGCAGCAGAGUAACAUUUUCUUCCAUACACACUGAAAGAAUUGACAAUUGACAGUUUCAUUUCAUCUCAAUCCGCAUCAUCCAGGUACACUUCCAUUCACUGAGCAUCUUUGAACACUGCUGCUGCAGGUAAAGUCAGUAUUUGAGGAAGUUGCUGGGAAAUAGUGGUCAACCUUCUCCACCUGUAAUUAAUCAGGAAGGUGUUUCCAAUAUUACAACAGCAAGAGAACAUUCAAAGAGGAGAUUAAAUGUUUAAGAGAUACAAAUGGCA